AGGCCUUGGGGGGCGAAGCCAUUUUUUUCCUAGUAGGGGUAGGGUGUGUAAGACUUAUUGGGAUAUUCCAUGUUCGCCUACCCGGGAGUGAAAGCUGCUAUAUUCAACAGUACGGGUGCUUUUCUUACCCAUUACGACCAUGCCUACCCUGGAACCUGAGCAGCUGUCCAUCAGGGAAAUGAGAGAGGAUGAAGCAUCAGUUGUUUUGGAGCUUCUAAAGGAUGGAUUCAAGGAUACAGAGAACCGUCUGAUAUUGUAUGUGCUGACGCGGCCAUUAGCGUUGCUCUUGAUGGCGGUGGUGAGCAGUGGCCUGCGCUUCUUCCUGAACUCUUUCGUGGUGGCACUCGUGGUGCCAGUGCUGCUCACUGUUGUGGCUCUGAAACUCCUGCUGUGGCGUUCACUAGACCUGAGGCAACUGUAUGCCUACUACAACGCUGGCCAGCGUGGGCUCUGGGUGGCUGUCUAUGAUGAGGAUGACAUCUGUGGCUGCGUGGCUCUGGAACCCUGGGAAGGGGAACCCCACAUUGCAGAGCUCAAACGCUUGGCUGUCAAUCGCUGGUACCGGCGCUCUGGUGUGGGCCGCUGCCUCCUCCGGUUCCUCGAAGCUCAGGCUCGUGCUCAGGGCUUCAAAUGCCUGGUGGCCCAAGUCUCAGUAGUCACCAAAGCUGCCAUUGGGCUCUUUGAAAGCAGUGGCUACAACGUGAGCAGUGGACGCCGGUGGUUGGGCUACACUGUUCAGCAAGUGUUCAGCAAGGAGCUGUAGCAUCCGCGCCUGUGAAUUAAGUGUCCGAGCUGCUCAAGGGACCCAGACUGGAAUACAUAGCCUUGAUUUGGGGGAAAAGCACAAAGUUCCCCAAACAGGCUGUGCUUAGUGAGCCAUCUCUUGGCCUCAAACAUGGUAGUUCUGCUCUGCCAGGUGGCUUUUCUCCACCUGGGAUGUGACGAUGCUGCACACAAACAAAUGUCACUCUGGAUAAAAAGCUAUGAGCCAAUUCCCCCUCCUUGCACGUCAGGCCCUUUUUCACUGAGGGGUUCCAAGAAAAGCCAUCCCAGAUACUUCUCCCUCAUUUGAGGGAACUGGAAUGAACACCUUCCAUAGCCCUAUCUCCCCUUUCAGGCCAGGGCUGUGUACAGUCUUAUUACACACAUCCAGUUUUUUGCACCAAGAUAACCUCAGGUCCUGUGAUCUGAGUCACUUAUGCAAAUCAACCAAUUGUUUUGCUUAAUUUAUUCUCAUUCUGCUACUCAGGCAGAAGACAUUCUGCGGAGCACUGAAACCUAACCUACAAGUUCCUCCACAAUACACUUGCAGCAAUCUGCCCACAGCGUUUGCAGCCUCAAGAAGCUCCCUUCCCCGCCCCCCUGGUAACCCAAAGGAAAGCUAAGAUUUCAAGAUGCUGAAUUCUAGAGAUUUGUGAUAAGCACGUCUUGAUUUUUGUAUUAUGAGUCUGGAAACAACUCUCUUCCUUGCUUUCUUGAUUAGUUGUAUAUUUGUGCUACACACGUAGGUUUUGUUAUAUACAUACCGACAUAAUUUCAGAGGUAAGUCAACUGUGGAAGCAUUUUUCUUAGCUGCUGAAAAGUUGUGUACAGCUGCCUCUUGAGAACAGGCUUCAGGGAACCUGUUCUUUUCGUUUACAGCAGAAACUGUAUUUGCACUGUGUUUGGCUGGCCAGGCCUUUUAUGAAUCAGGAAACAAUGUCUCUACUCACCCCUUAGAUGCAGCCAUGGACAAGGCUGAUUAGGUGUCCCAUUUAUAAGACCUGGUUUACAUCCACAGCAGAAUAACAACAACAACAACAACAACAAAUUUUAUUUGUAUCCCGCCCUCCCCGCCGGAGCAGGCUCAGGGCGGCUAACAACAUAGUUCAGGGUUGAUUAUACAAAUGGAUAAAAUUACAUUAAACAUUAUAAGCGUUUAAUUAAAAUCUGGUUAAGUUUUAAAAUUAAAUUAAUUAAAUUAGUAAAA